GGUCACUGUCGCCGCUACUUUUUCUCUCCCUUUAAAGCUCCGAAGGCCUCUCCCUUCUCCCGUGCCGCGCGUCCUCCCGCCCUCGGUGGGCCAGACCAGCGACAUGGAGGGUUGCGUCGGGGAGGAAUCUUUCCAGCUGUGGGAGCUCAAUCGACGCCUGGAGGCUUACCUGACCCGGGUCAAGACGCUGGAGGAGCAGAACCAGCUGCUCAGCGCCGAGCUUGGGGGACUCCGGGCGCAGUCCGGGGAUGCCUCCUGGCGGGCCCGAGCCGACGACGAGCUGGCAGCCCUGCGGGUCCUCGUCGAUCAGCGCUGGCGGGAGAAGCACGAGGCUGAGGUGCAGCGCGACAACCUUGCCGAAGAGCUGGAGGGCGUGGCGGGCCGGUGCCAGCAGAUGCGGCUCGCCCGGGAGCGGACCAGCGAGGAGGCGGCCUGCAGCCGGCGCGCGCUCGAGGCGGAGAAGAGUGCGCAGGGCUGGCUGAGCAGCCGGGCGGCCGAGUUGGAGCGCGAGUUAGAGGCUCUGCGAGCGGCGCACGAGGAAGAGCGAGCGCAUCUGAACGCGCAGGCGGCCUGUGCGCCACGCCGGCUCCCCGUGCCUCCCCGAGGACCCCCGGCGCGGGCCCCCGAGGUGGAGGAGCUGGCCCGACGGCUCGGCGAAGCGUGGCGCGGGGCGGUGCGCGACUACCAGGAGCGCGUGGCUCACAUGGAGAGCUCGCUGGGCCAGGCCCGCGAGCGGCUGGGCCGAGCCGUGCGGGGCGCUCGGGAGGGUCGCCUAGAGCUGCAGCAGCUGCAGGCUGAACGCGACGGCCUCCAGGAGCGCAGAGAGGCCCUGGAACAGAGGUUGGAGGGCCGCUGGCAGGACCGGCUGCAGGCCACUGAAAAGUUCCAGCUGGCUGUGGAAGCCCUGGAGCAGGAGAAGCAGGGCCUACAGAGCCAGAUCGCUCAGAUCCUGGAAGGUGGGCAGCAACUGGCACACCUCAAGAUGUCCCUUAGUCUGGAGGUGGCUACAUACAGGACUCUGCUGGAGGCUGAGAAUUCCCGGUUGCAGACACCUGGCCGAAGUUCCCAGGCUUCCCUUGGCUUUCAGGACCCCAAGCUGAAGCUGCAUUUCCUUGGGACACCAGAGGACCAGCACCUGGGACCUGUGCUCCCUGUCCUCAGCCCAACACCCCUGCCUUCCCCCUUGCCCGGUACCCUGGAGACGCCUGUGACAACCUUCCUGAAGACCCAGGAAUUCCUUCAGGCCCGAACCCCCACCUUGGCCAGCACUCCCAUCCCACCCAUCUCUGAGGCUCCCUGUCCUACAAAAGCAGAGGUCAGAGCCCAGGAUGCCCCUCUUUCCCUGUUCCAGACACAGGGUGGAAAGCAACAGGGUCCAGAGCCUCUCUGGGCUGAAGCCACGGUGUCUGUUUCCACUGGUGUCCUUUCAGAACUAGAGGAGCCUGGAGGCAAGCAGCCUGGCCACUUCCCUGAGGAUCCGACUUCCUCAGCCCCAUCCCUCAGUCCUCAUCACCCUGUUACAGAGGCUAAAGACAGAGAAUCCAGUGAGUCUAGAGUAUCUAGCAUAUUCCAGGAAGAUGAAGGGCAAAUCUGGGAGCUAGUAGAGAAAGAAGUUGCUACAGAAGUAAAAUUAGAGAGCAGCUUGGAGCAGGAAACACAAGAAGAUGGUCUGGACAUGGAAGAAAUUCAGGAUUCCCAGGGUCCCUUGCAAAAGGAAACGCUGGAGGCUCUAGGAGAGGAGGCACUGAUGUCUCUGAAAAUCCAGAACCAUGAGACACCAGGGAAGGAGAAUAGCAGUUCUCUGAGGUCUAUAGACGAGAACCUCGGAACACUAAAAAGCCCAGAAAAAGAAAAACAAACACUACUCAAGUCUUUAGAAGAAAAGGAUGUAGAGGCAGAGAAAACUCUAGAAAAGGAGGUUCCUGAACUGUCUAAACCUUUAGGAAAAGAAGACCCAAGAGUCGAGGAUCAAGAGUUAAUGUCUCCUGAAGGUACACUAGAGACAGUUUCAUUUACAGGAAAGGAAAAUCAUGAAUUGGUGAGGUCUUCAGAUGAGGAGAACUUGGGGUCAUUGACAGCUUUGAAAAAGAGCCAGCAUCCACUGGGAUGUCCAGAAGAAGAGGACCAGAGGGUUGAGAGGCUGAUAGAAAAGGGGUGUCUGGAGCCCCUCAGGUCUCUAGAUGAGGAGGACCAGGAGACAUAUAGACCUCUGGAGAAAGAGAAUCAGGAGCCACUCAAGUCUGUAGAAGAAGAGGACCAGAGGGUUGAGAGGCUGAUAGAAAAGGGGUGUCCGGAGCCCCAGAGGUCUCUAGAUGAGGAGGACCAGGAGACAUAUAGACCUCUGGAGAAAGAGAAUCAGGAGCCCCUCAGGUCUCUAGAUGAGGAGGACCAGAGGAUUGUAGAACCUCUAGAAAGAGAGAAUCAGGAAUCUCUGAGGUCCUUUGAUGAAAACCACGAGACCGUUAUCCCACUAGAAAGUGAGAAGCCACUGAAAUCUCUAGAAGCAGAAGAGGAGCAGAGAAUUGCGAAACUUCUAGAAAAAGUGAGCCAGGGCUCCAUGGGGUCUCUAGAAAAAGAGAAUGUAGAGCUCCUGAGGUCUCUAGAAGACAAUGACCAGAUGACUGGGGGCCUGUUAAAAGAAGAGACUCGGGAGUCUUUGUGGUCUCCUGAAGACAGAAACCAGGAGACCCAGGAUCUACAGAGGUCUCUAGAAGAGGAGGACCAGAGGAUUAUGAAUCAUGUAGAAAAAGACAACCAGGGGUUCCUGGGGUCUCUAGAAGAAGAAGAGCAGGUGGACAAGAGAUCUCUAGGAAGAGAGAACCAUGAACCACUGAGUUGUGUAGAAAAAAAGGACUGGAUGACUGAGAGCCUGCUAGACCAAGGAAGUCAGGACUCAGGGAAGUCUCUUGAAGAUGAAAACCACGAGACCUUUAGAGCCCUGAAAAAAGAGAACCCAGAGUCCUUGCAACCUCUCGAAGAACAGGACCAAGAGAUACAGAGAUCUCUCCAACAAGAGACUCAACAGGCACAGAGGUCUGUAGGGGAUGACCAGAUGGCAGCGAGACCACCAGAAAAGGUGAGUCCAGAGUUUGACCAGGAAAUAGUUAGAGCUCUCGAAAACCAGAACCAAGAGUCCCUGGUGUCACUGGAAGAAAGAAGUGUGGAGGCAGUGAAGUCCUCAGAAACAGAGAACAUAGACCCACUGAAGAACGCAACAGGGGACCUGGAAAUAAUGAGCUCUCUAGACGCUCAAGAGCCACAGUGGUCUACAGAAGUGACUAGAGAGACAACAAAACCCCUAGAAAAUGAAAUCCAAGAACCACUCAAGUGUGUGGAUGGGAACCAAGAGACCCUGAGACCCCUUGAAGGGGAGACUCAAGAACUGAGCUCUCUGGGCAAGUGGGACCUAGAGACCCUGGAAUCUCCAGAAGGGAUGGAGGAGGGUAGGCAACAGCUGGAAGUGGACGGGAGCCUGGAGAUGGAGGAGCACCAAGAGUCAGGGAGGUCUCUGCAGGAGGUGGGGCAGGAGCUGCCUGGGUCUGGAGAUCCACAAAGGUGGGAGGAUGUGGCGGUGGAGAACGGAGUGGUCGAGCAGGACCCACCCCUAGGGAGGACAGGAGUGGAAAGUGAGGAUGAGGCAGAGCUGCCCCUGAGUGGGCAAGGUGGGGAAGAAGACGCUGCUGAGGAGAGGGAGCUGCAUUUAGAUGUCAUGGGGGAGGCCUGGAGCCUGGGGAGCUCUGCGCCCACAGAGCAGAGGGUCCCCAGUGAGGAAGGUAGCAGGAAGGGAAGUGCUGAGGGCCCCCAGGACCUGGGGGGACAACCAGAACAGAUGGGGACACUAGAGGUCCCUGUAGCUCAGGGAAUGCCAGAGGCGACAGAGCCCCUGCUGCAAGAUGAGGGUGGAGCCCAAGCAGGUGAACAAGACUCCACAGAGGCUACCCUGGGCUCAGAGGUUGCUACCAGAGCUGGGCUGGGCCUGGAGCAGGACGUGGUAGGGUUAGAAGAGCCAAGGCAUCUGGCCAGGGGGGAGGCCAUUCAUCCAUCCCUGGGGGAGGAAAGUGUGGAGGCAAAGGCAGCAGACGUGGAAGGGCCUGAAAAAGAACCAAAGGAGGAGGGUGCUGUGGAGUCAGAGAUCUUUGAGUUGCCCAAGCCUAGCAGUGACUCUCUGGAAUCCAAGGGCUGCCAGGAAUCAGAGCCUGUGGUGGGCUGGGGAGUAGAGGAGGCCUCGGUAGAGACCUCAGACCCUGAGGGCAGUGACGCCCCUCAGCCCAGGCCCUCAGAGACAGAGGAAGAUGAGGGCACACAGGCAACACUGGCACCCCCUGGUCCCAAGCUCGUGGAACCCUGUUCACCCAUCCCAGUUCUGGAAGAUGCCUGUGAGCUGCAUCCCCAGGCUGAGGGGAUCCAGGAAGCGGUGUGGCAGCUGGAAGGUGUGUCUGAAGUACUGGGAAAGGUAGAGGAUGAGCAAGAGUUUGGUCUUGGGGAGACCCCUGAGGGCCUCCAGGAUUGGGAGGAAAGCAGAGAGGAAAGUGAGGCUGAUGCAUUAGGGGAAACUCUCCCUGACUCUACUCCCCUGGGCCUCUACCUGAGGUCCCCUACCUCCCCAAAGUGGGACCUGGAUGGAGAGCAGAGGCUCUCCCCUCAAGGGGAGGCCAGGAAGGAAGGCUGGGGUCCUGCUGUCCUGGCUUCCCAGGGCCUCAGCAACCCACCAGGGGAAGAGGAGCCAGGCCAGGCCUCUGAUCUGUCGUCUGAGGAGUUUGAGGACCUGGCGACUGAGGCCUCUCUUCUUCCAGGGGUUCCCCAGGAGGUGGCAGAUCAUCUGGGCCCGGUGCCCCCAGUACUGGAGCCUGAAUGCUGGGACCAGGGUGGGGAGUCUGAUGGGUUUGCUGAUGAGGAAGAAAGCGGGGAGGAGGGGGAGGAAGGAGAGCACGAGGGAGGGGCUGAGUCAGGGGCUCAGUGGUGGGGGCCAGGGCCCUCUGGUGGAGUCUUCAAGGUCCAGGAUGUGACCCAAAGAGGGGACCUCCUGGAACAUGAGUCUGUGGGUGUCGGUGGCCCCUGGGAUGAUGGCUUGAGAGGUGCUACAGCUAAUAUCUCUGUGACUGCCCUGGAAACGGAGUCUCAGGACAGUGCUGAGCCUUCUGGGUCAGAGGGGUCUGAGUCUGUUUCCUCAGAGGGGGAGGAUCAAGUCCCUGACCAUUUGGAUGCACCCCAAGAGGUGACUAGCAUGGUCCCAGGGGCAGGAGAUAACUUUGCUAUCGGUGGCCAGGGCCCCAACUUGGAGUCAGAGCCUGUGAAUGGGAGGAUGGAGAAUGGGUUAGGGCAGUCUGAGGAGCAGGGAGUCCUGGAUGGGGGCCAGGAUCAAGGGCAUCUGUUACAGGAACAGGAAGCAGGUACCUUAAAGGCUCCUUUGGUAGGGUCCCCCGUGAACCUGGGCCCAAGCCAGUCCCUGGAGUUCCCUCCGAGUGGAGUAGAUGGAGAUUCCUGGUCCUCAGGGGAAGACUAGAGGGUGCUCCUGUGGUACUGAGGACUUAGGGUGUGUGUGUGGGGUGUCCCUUCCUGAUCUGGGCCAGCACCCUCAGCUUUGAUAGCUUGAUCUGCGGUGUCUGUCCUGGAGAGGUGUGGCUGGCUGAGGGAGAUGAGGUCCUGUCGGGACCAUCCGCUUGGACUGUCCUGAAGGCUCAAGUCAGCUGAGCCCCUAUAGUUCUAGGCCCCCUUUCUUCUGCACCUCAGCUGCUGGAAGAAGCCCGGGCUCAGAGCUUUCCCGUGGGGCUGCUCUGGCCAGGUCCUGCUAAUCCUUCCUGUCUACAGCAGUACCAUCCCCACAAGGUCCGGCCUGGCCUAUGCCCAGAGGAGGUGAGGGCAGCAAUUAUGACUGACCCCUCCUCCCCUCUUCUCAGCCUGCUGACAUCUUGUUCUCCUCCUUGUUUGAAUAAAGUUGUA